UAAAUGAAUGGGGCAUAACCGGAAAAGUGCCUGCUGUUGUUACAGACAACGCGGCUAACAUGCUAACUGCUGUCGGUCUCACUGAUCUAUUGCAUGUUGGCUGCUUUCCCCAUGUGCUCAACUUGGCUUCGCAGGCUUCUCUUAAAACCCCUGCAGUCACACGGCUUCUGGGCAGAGUGAGGCGCAUCUUCUUUUUUUCAUCGAAGCACUUUGGCCUGUCAUGCACUCAAGAAGAAUCGAAAGUUGUUGGACCUCCCACAACACAAGUUAGUGACUGAUGUCUCUACGAGAUGGAAUAGCGCUUUAGAUAUGCUGGAGAGAUUUUUGGAACAACAACCAGCUGUCUCUGCUGCAUUACUUGCACCUGAAGUGCGAAAGCAGGAAAAAGAUCUAUGCUCCCUUACAGAGACAGACAUUACAGCAGCAGAGGAUAUUGCACAGGCUCUGAAGCCAUUAAAGAAAGCCACCUUGGUGAUGUCUCAGGAAAGCACCCCAACUCUGUCUGUCAUUGCACCUCUAAAAGAAAGACUUCUAGAGGAGAUGCAACCAUCAUCCAGUGACUCUGCAGUGGUGAAGGAAAUGAAGAUUGCUAUGUGCAGGGAUCUCCAAAAAAGGUACCUGGGUCUGAAGGAUGAGCUCUCCAUUGCUGCUGCCCUGGACCCAAGGUUUAAGGCCCUACCUUUUCUGUCAGAUGAUGAUGAGCGAGAAGAAGUGUUCACACAUCUUAUAGCUCUCACUAAAGAAUUGGCCACUGUUAAAAGCUCACAACAGAGUGGGCUGAUGGAUGAAGACCGUGAGGCAAUUGAACAGCAGGGAGAGCCGGUUGAUGACCCUUCUGGACCAUCACCAAAGAAAGCAAGGGACUCUUGUGCUCUGGCUGAUCUUUUUGGAAGCACAUAUACAACUCCAGUAGCAGUGUCCAGAACCACAGAUACCAAGGCAUUGGAUGAGGUGGUGCAUUACAAAGAGGUACAACCACUGCCACUCUCCACAAAUCCACUCAACUGGCGGAGAGAGCAUGAGGGGGAAUACCCUUUGUUGUCAUGCCAAGCUAAAAGGUACCUUUGCAUCCCAGGCAGUAGUGUACCUGCUGAAAGGAUCUUUUUCACAGCAGGUGACACAGUCACAGCCCAGAGAAGUGCAUUGAAGCCUGAGCAUGUGGAUCAGCUGCUUUUUCUGAACAAGAAUCUCCACGUGCCCACUUACAGAAGAACUCAAAACUGUGAGUAA